GAUGUUUGUGCCUGGCUGGGAGUGAGGGAGGCCCCCUUGUGGUGGUUGUAAAUAGGGAGGGAACCGUGUUUGCAGAAUGCCUGCUCUGGGCCAGGCAAUGACUGCCACUGGCUCCUCCCAAGGCCUCUGGGAGGGAGGGAAAGAAGGAAGGAGGGUCUGGCAGGGCCCCUUCUACAAGCAGAAGUGCAGUGACUUGCCCAGGGUCACACAGCCCGGAAGUGUCUGGGGCCAGAUUGGACCCGCUGCCCCCAGCAGCCUUAGCUGUUACUCCUGGUGAAGAUGAAGAUGCUUCUCUGGAAGCGGAGAAAUGACGCUUUAUUGAGGAGGGGCAGGAAGAAUGGAGCUCCGCCCCCACAGACUGGAGAGGAGGGCACCUGCCCCAGGGGGUGGCAGAGGUCUGGGCCAGGAACCUGCAGAGCUCAGACCCUGGAGUAACCUUUGCCCCCAGUUCUCCCAGGACCCCGGCCUGAACUGUCCAAGGCUCAGUACCCCAAGAUGGCAGCAAGAACGCCUGGAUUCCUGGGUGAAUUUGACCAGACUUUGGAAGGACGAUGAAGAGGGGUCUUGCCCAUAGUUCUGUGACACGGGCGUAGUUUUGAUCCUAAACCAGAAGGAGUCUAAAUACAAUUCUGGAGCAAAGUUCCUGAGGAGUGAUGUUGCAAGAAUGAGACCUGUCAGCAAAGAGCCUCAGCAGCCUUCUAAGGCUGGAUUUCUGCUAGCAGGGCAAGGAAAUGCAACCACCGAACUCUUACCAAGGGAUGUAGGAAAGUCUUAAACAAGGCGCAAUUCCCAAUUCAGUUAAACACACGAGAAGACGUAAGAGUACGCAGUUUUACCUACGAUGGGUAAGAAGUAGCCAAAAUCAAGAGCCAGCCUUACUCAUAAUCAAGGGGAUUAAUUGAUGGCCUUUUCAGUAAAUUUUCCAGGCAGUUCCUGGGUUUGUUUUUAUGUUGUAUUCAAAUUGGUAGUUGAGGCAAGAAAGGCAAAGAGGAGAGGAAAUGACCUCUUCUUGCCUUUGGUUCACUCGGAGAACCCUAGGGAGUCACGCUGAGAGACUCACCAUAGAGUUGCAAGAUAUAAAAUAAACUCACGCCAAUCAUCAGCGCAUUUGCAUAUUACCAACCAAAUUGAGAAGAGAAAAAUAAAUUCUAUUUCAGGUAACAAUAGCAUAAAAUUCUUGGAAAUCUUCUCACCAGGACUCGUACGUGCAUAUAAUUCCAAAACACUUUGCACUGAACAAGACAUCUAAAUAAUUGGAAAAAUGUACAUUGUUCAUGGGAGGACUGAGCCAAUCUGGCACUACUACCCAGAUUGCUGUAGCAAUCAAGUUACCAAAGGCGUGCCUUCUAAAACUAGAAAAGCAUAAUGGAAUUCGUCUGGCAAAGAAGAGAAUGCGCGUUUAUAAAGGGCCUUCUAGGAGCUAGGCCCUGUGUUUUUCUAAAUAGCUCUUUUGAACUUCACAAGUCUGGGAGGACUCCUGAUCGCCUGCCACGUGACCAACACCUCCCUCCCAGCGGAGCACAGAAAGGAAAUGAUUCGCUACCUGCGAUCCGUGCAGCUCCCGGACGGCGGCUGGGGCCUGCACAUCGAGGACAAGUCGACGGUGUUCGGCACGGCCUUGAACUACGUGUCUCUCCGCCUCUUGGGGCUUGGGCCAGACGACCCCGACGUGGUGCGAGCCCGAACAAACCUCCACCAGAAAGGUGGCGCUCUGGGAAUCCCGUCGUGGGGGAAGUUCUGGCUGGCCGUCCUAAACGUUUACAGCUGGGAAGGACUGAACACUCUCCUGCCGGAAUUAUGGCUCUUCCCCACGUGGAUGCCGGCUCACCCGUCGACCCUGUGGUGCCACUGCCGCCAGGUGUACCUGCCCAUGAGCUACUGCUACGGCACGCGCCUGCGGGGCCCAGAGGACGAGCUGGUCCGGAGCCUCCGCCAGGAGCUUUACGUCGAGGACUAUUCCAGCAUCGACUGGCCGGCCCACAGGAAUCACGUGGCGGCCUGUGACCUGUACACGCCCCACAGCUGGCUGCUCAACCUGACCUACGUCAUCCUCAACCUGUAUGAGAGCUGCCACUCGGCGAGCGUGAGGAAGCGCGCCCUGGCCACGGUGUUCGACCACGUCGCGGCCGACGACCGCUUCUCCAAGUGCAUCAGCAUCGGCCCGAUCUCUAAAACCAUCAACAUGCUGGUCCGCUGGUCCGUGGAGGGGCCCACCUCGCCCGUGUUCCAGGAACACGUCUCCAGAAUUGCCGAUUACUUGUGGCUGGGGCUUGACGGCAUGAAGAUGCAGGGCACCAACGGCUCCCAGCUCUGGGACACGGCCUUCGCCAUUCAAGCUUUCCUAGAGGCUGGGGCUCACAAGCUGCCCGAGUUUAGCGCCUGCCUGAAAGGGGCCUACGAAUUCCUGCGCCUUACCCAGGUCCAAGAGAACUUUGAGGACUACCAGAAGUACUACCGCCAAAUGAGCAAGGGCGGCUUCUCCUUCAGCACGCGGGACUGUGGCUGGAUCGUCAGCGACUGCACGGCCGAGGCCCUGCUCUGCCUGCUGCUCAUGCACGACUCGUGCCCCUUCAUCGCCGACCGCGUCCCCAGGGAGAGGCUCUUCGACGCCGUCAACGUGCUCUUGAGCAUGCAGAAUGCGGAUGGCGGGUUUGCCACCUACGAGAAGCAGCGUGGCGGCUGGCUGCUGGAGCUCCUGAAUCCCUCCGAGGUGUUCGGACGCAUCAUGAUCGACUACUCGUACGUGGAGUGCACGUCGGCGGUCAUGAAGGCGCUGAAGCGCUUCCAGGCGUGCUACCCCGAGCACAGGGCCGGGGAGAUCAGGCACACCCUGGACGAGGGGCUGCGUUACUGUCUGCGGGUGCAGAGGGCCGACGGCUCGUGGGAAGGGUCUUGGGGAGUGUGUUUCACCUACGGGACCUGGUUUGGCCUGGAAGCGCUGGCGUGCAUGGGGCACACUUACGGGGCCGACGGGGCUGCCCGGGCGGAGGUGCAGAAGGCCUGCGACUUCCUGCUCUCCAAGCAGACGGACGCGGGAGGCUGGGGGGAGAACUUUGAGUCGUGCGAGCGCCAGCGCUACGUGCCCAGCGACGAGGCCCAAGUGUUCAGCACCUGCUGGGCCCUGCUCGGGCUCAUGGCGGCCAGGCACCCCGACAUCGACGCUGUGGAGAGAGGAGUGGCCUUCGUGCUGGGAAAGCAGCAGCCCAACGGAGACUGGCCUCAGGAAAACACCACCGGCGUCUUCAACAAGUCCUGCGCCAUCACCUACUCGAACUAUCGCAACAUCUUUCCCGUCUGGACCUUGGCCCGGUUCUCCCUGCUCUAUCCCCAGCACCGCCUCGCCGGCAGCACGCGGACCAUGUGAACGAGCCCAGAGCUGGGGGCCGGGGAUGCUCGCACCCCCUCCGCACCCCGACGUCCUCCGCCCAGCCAGAGGCCUUGCAGUCUGUCCAAGGAGCCCUUCUGCGAGAAGGGAGAGGACAGAGCCACGGCCGGUCACUGCCGAGCCCCCCCAGCCCCCCACGAAUCGUGCUGUUUGGGGACGGCGGCUUCUGUCCCCCAAGGCUCGCCCCGCCUUCCUCGCCCCCUGAGCGUGUGCUUGGGCCCCGGGUUCAGGCCCUGCAAGGCUGCCUGGCUUCCCCUCCGGGCCAGCCUCCCGAACCCUAACCUGCUUUCCCAGCUUCCUUCCCCUCCCCCACGGCAGACUUCCCGAGAGGCCUUGGGGGGCUCCGAAGACGCCUCUCUUGGGUUGUCCAGGCGGUGUGGAUGCUGCCCCCUCCGAGCCGCCCUUGGGGGGAAUCGGGGGCUCCUAAGGACGGCCACUGAGCACCAUUUGGCCGGUGCUCGUGAGUCCUUGUCGAAGUGGGUUCCCGGGGCUUCUUGGCUUCGGGGGGCUUGACCCCGACCUCGCGCAGACGUGGCACAAGUGGCAGUUUUUGCCAACGCGCCAACCCAGCUGUCUGUCCUGUGGAAUCCAGGCCUCAGACAGGCGCCCGCAGAAAGGAAGCGCCAGAGACCCACGUCUCCUCGUGCCCCGUCGCCCCCAACGGCGUGGCACAUCCGAGCCAACGGAGCCCUGCACGCCAGGCCCCCCGCGUGGCAAGGGCGAGGUGCCUGGCGGAGGAAAGACCCACGGAGGCCACAAGAGGAAAUGCAGUACCGGGGGCGGGGCGGGGGCGGGGCUCCCAAGUGAGACCUGUCUGUGUGGGCAGCCUCUGAAGCCAUCAGCCACACCUCCGCCUUUGGGAAGCUCUUGGGGUUGGGUGUGGCCAGGGAGGGAAUGAUGCCAUCCCUGCUGGAACCUCGUGCCCACAAAGCCGAAGGGGGAAGGGGGCACAGAAGAUUCAGGGUUAGGAUCUGUCCAUUGCCCUCUCCGGCCACAGGGGAGCCUUGACGUAGCCUCGAAAGCCCAGUGGGCCCUCCAGAAUUGCCACUGCCCCCCCCUUUAAAGCUUCCCUCGGGGACCAAGCUGCCGUCGUCUUGGGCCAGUCAGAUUUUCUCCUGGCAUCUGUUGGGCCGAGAGCUUCAGGGGGACAUGGAAGCAGGCCGGUUUCUUGGGCCCCCCCCUCGGAUUUCUUGUCCCCCCGGUGCUGCGAGAGCUCUGGAAUGGGUAGGGUUAGGGUUCUAGAGCUGGAACUUGUCGACGAGAACACGUGGUCUUGGUUCAGAUUCAGGGUCUCCUUUUAUUAUCUGUAUUUUAGAACCUGCUGAUUCUUGGAUAGCUUUCUUUUGGGACCUAGCAUGAGGGCUCCCCACUGGCUUCUCGACUGGGAAGCAGAGGGCGCUUCUCCCUGCAGGAGCCCCAAGCUAGGACCUCUGGACUCCCAGAAGGGCUCGUGCUCCCAGGGCAUCCCUGCGCCUCCAUCCUCUUGCACUGCUGCCAGGGGAGAGGGGCGAGUGCAGGCAUGGGUGCCCUCUUGUCAGGGGAUGAACCCCAAGAAUUCCCCCUGGUGGUCCGAGGCCCGAUUCUCGAGGCUCUAACUCUUCACGUCGGGGGCUUGAGCCCCAGCCGGCCCUUCAGCUCCUGCCAGAGCUGCCCUCCCUCCACACGGGUCCCAGGGCUUCGGGCCUGGCUUAAGGCCCCUCCCAGCAGGUGGGGGUCCCCUGAGGUGCUGCUGCUUCUGGGGAGCUCCUGUUCCUCCCAGGGACCGCCGGGUCCUGCUUUAGCCCUUCUGGCCAGGCACGGCUGCUAGCAGUCGGCACCAAGGCUUGCUUUCAAUCAAGGAUGCCAUUCUGGGCGGGGCAGGCGCUUGUCUGUCCCUGUGCACAGCUUUCCUCCUGCCGUGGCUGGCCAGUGGAGGCCGUGCUCGCUGGAAACCAGAGGUGUUCUGGUCUUGGGUGGUUGGUGGCUGCCCCGAGGCCACCUUCCCUAAAGGCUUCCUGGGAUCUGAGACGGAGAGGCCCGCUUCCUCUUGGAGAUUGCCCUCCCCGCUCCCCCUAAGGCCCAGGGAUUUUCUGUUGAAUCCAGACCCUCGGCUUCCAAAUCCAGCCUUCCCAUUGCCCCCCCCCCCCCCCCCCCCCGUGUGUCCCCGGGAGAGACCUCGCCACCCCUCCAGGGUCUGAGCGUGUCGCUUCUCGGGAAGCCCCUCCAGAGAGAUGAAGAAUUACAAGAUGGCGCACGCAGCCACAUUGUCACCAGACUAAGAGUACUGGAGAGGGCUAAAGGAGACAACCAAAGGAAUUCAUUUGGCCCUUUCGCUUUUGCCUGCGGUCCGCCGCCUACUGGCAGCCGUGCCAGCUUCCUGGCAUUGCCGCUUCCAAGUUUCGUCGUGGCGCCUCAGAAGCUGACCGAAGGGGGCCCCCUGGGGCGGGGCGACCUGGUCGAGUCACUUUACCGGAGCUUCGCGCUCUCUCCGCCUCUGGGUCUCGCAGAGCAGGAGGCUCUGCUCUCAUAAUCCCCGACUCGGGGGGGCAUUUAGCAGCUGUGUUGGGAAUUAGCCAGACCCUGCAGAGGGUGGGAAGAGCUGAAAAGCCGGGGAGGUUUGGCCCAGGCCACGCCGGCCAUUACUGGGACCUUUUCAGCUGGCGGCCCGUCGGAGGGGUGCACGCUCUUUUUCAAUCGGGCAAAUGCAAAAUGAGGAAAUCGGGACCCCUUUUCCGGAGGGGGACUGCCGAGACGACAUCCUCGGAGAUGUCCGGCUUCCUGAGGGAUGCCCAGGGCAGAGCUCCCUCUUCAUCCGGGAUGUGCAAAGCGAUCUGCUUGUCCGCCCUCGUCCCCAUUCCCCGCGUUGUGCCAGCUGCUGGGCUGGGGCUUCACACCGAAUUCCUGGUGGGAAAAUGGGCCUCCCCGCCACUGCGUAGCUUGAAAGGGGGAAGAAGGAGCCGUAGUGGAUGCUCGUGGACUUGGGCUGGCUUGAUGCCAGCUCGGGGGGGCACGCUAGGGUUAGCUCGAUGACGGAUGGUUCCUGUGCGUCUUGUGGGCCCUCUGGGGUCUCCUGCCGUUUUCACGAAUCGUCCACAGAGGAGGCCGCCCGAGAUUUGUUCUCCUGUAUUGCCACAACUCGGCUUCUGCGCAGCCUUGGCCGCUGGCUUGUGAAGUAGGGGAUUCCCUUGGGAAUCGUGUUCCUCGUUCUGCUCCUUGGCUGAAGUGGCUCUUGGGCUGUUUGACUGGGGCCUCCUGGGCCUUCUCAAUAAAGCGGUGCACUAUUAACAUCC